GCUGUAGCAGUCCUCUGCCAUUCAUAGAAAAUGGGUAAAACUAGUCGUAAAACUAAAGCUAAGAAAAAAGAUUUCAAUAAAGUGAAGCUGAAGGUUGGAAAAAAGAAGCCAGCAGCUGAAAAUGCAACCGACACUGCAUUUAAAUCUCAGUCAAUAUAUAUUCCUGAUCAACUGAAAUCCCAGGAAAAUAUUUCUGUUGAACUGCUGACUCAUCGAAAACAAAGUGUUGAAGAUUUGCUGAGUCAUUUAAACCACUUCAGUCCGACAUUUCGCUACCAAGCUUUAAACGGACUGAAAGAAAUAUUUAGCAACCAUGGAAAUAAAGGAACAAUCAAUGCAGCGAAGAUCUGUGAGCGUGUCAUUCGAUCUGUGACAGAUGUUGAUUCAGAAGUCAGGAAAGCGUGUACUUCACUUCUGUGGCACAUAUUUUCCACUGUACCAGAGGAACAGAUGAGUCCAAAAUUCCCACUGAUCCUCUCGCAUUUAUAUUGUGCCAUGUCUCAUAUUUCCAAAGAUGUUCAACAAAAUUCUUUAAAGGUGGUAGAUCUGUGCUUUCAAUUCUACCCAAACUUAGUUUGUUCCGAAGAAAAUCGUCCGACAUUGCUACAGCAUUUCAUUGAGCUUAUAUCUUCCAAGCAAGGAGAGAAGUCGGCCAAUUCUCGCAUUCUAACAAUGAAUCUGUCUAAAAAGGAAUCUGCAAUUUCUUGGAGAAUAAAAGUCCUUAAAAGACUUUGGGUUUUGUUGAAAAGAGAGUCUGUUAAUAAGGAUUUGAAACCAACUGACUUUGUAGACCAUGUGUGUUGGGAUUCCGAUGAAAUAGGUUUGCAUCUUGUUCCAACACUCAAAAGGCAGCACGGGGUGUUAUUAAGAAAUUUGGAAGCUUCUUCCCUUGUGAAAGUUCAUCAACAAAGCACCAUGCAAACUAUCUCCACUGUUCUACCCCUGUUGUUUCAAUGCUGGCUUGAAGUGUCAGCUACUGGUAUACUUACCAAAGAUGAGGAGACAGUCACUACCAUGACCCUUGUCAUGAACAUUACAUUAGAAUUAUGCAAAUCAUUUCAAACUAAUCAAGAUGGAGUAGCUUCUCAGAAAUUGCGAGAAUGGAUUUAUCAGAAUUACUUGACCAGUUUCAAAAAAUAUUUCUUCUCCAAUUUUCCAUUUGAGCAAUGGGAGGCAGUGAGUUUGAUGCCCAAGAAAAAGAAGAAACAAACUUUAAAACCGGAUGUAGAUUUGCUUGGUGUAAAUCUUGCUAUUUGUGAGCUUGCUGCAUUAUAUCCACCUGAGCCAAUGCAAAAUGAUAAAAAAUCUUCUCCAAGUUUAGACUACAUAACUCAGCUUCUCCAAAAUGCAGCGGAUUUUCGUAACAUGGAAACCAGGGUUUUAAAACAAAUUUUAACAUGCAUGGAUUGUAUCUUAACGAAAAACUCAAUACAAGACAUCGGAAAUGAAAUCUCUUCAUGUUUACACCACUACACUGACACUCUGCCAAAAUGUCACUCACAUCGAACAUUGAUUGUGGAAUUUUUGAUAGAACAUUCUGGAAGUACUGAUGGAUUAGAUUCUGGAUCUUUGUUGUCAUCAUUGCCAACCCAGUUAGUUGACAUUUUGAAAAACAUUGCAAGCCAGAAGGGAAGUGGCUGCAAAUUACAAAGUGAUGCCUCCACAGUUCUACACCCAACCAUGCGUUGUAUUAAAUGUCUUUUGCCAAGAAAGCACCCGGAAUAUUUACAUAAUUUGCAGGAAAAUUUUUUAACUUUGAUUUCAACUAUAACGAAAUUGAGUGCAAAACUUUUCUGCCAAAGUGGAGUUUGUAAAACUUGCAAGCAGUUUCAGCGAGAAAUUUUCCAAUCAUGUAUUCCAUAUCUACAAGACAUCGAUGAAGGAAUGACAUCUAGUUUAUUUCACUUUUGCUUCAGUGAAUUUGUGUGUCAAGAGAAUAUAUGUUAUGUCAUUGACUUAUUGGCGCAAAGACUUGACUCUUCAUGUCACGAUCAAACUUUAAGAACCAAUUCUGAAAAAUUAGGAUUCCUGCAAUUUUUGUUGUGCUCGGUAAUUGGUUGCAGAAAAGAUGAUUUAUGCCCAAAAACUAAAGAAAUUGAUUUUGUGCCAGAAGAAUGGAAAAUUGUUAAGCAUGAAAUUGUUUCCAUGCAUGCAACCAACCUGUUGUUCAGGCUUUGCUCAAGUGACAACAGAGUUGUUUCUAUUGUCCGGAGUUUCUUAUCAUUAUCCGUAUUUACCACCAGCCCCCCAUCCUUAAACAUAGUAACAUGGGUUGGCUUGUUUAAACUUGGAAUUGUUUUCUCUACAACUAACUGUCUCACAGGUUUGGAAAAAAAAUUUGGUCAACUUUCAUCUUACUUCUUAGUGCGGUGCUUGAGCAAUGUAGAUACAUCUGAGAGGAUGGUUGAAACUUGCACAGAUUUAUUAUGCAACUCGGACUCAAUCUUUCGUUGCUGUCUUCUUAAUCUAUUUGAAAAUCCAUCUUCUGUUAGUUGUAUUACGGAAUUACUUCAAAUCCCAAAGCUCCAUAAAUCGUUUCAACAAGUCAUUUCAUUGAUUUCAGAUUAUAUUGAUUCUUUAGAGGCCACUGAAUGUGACCAAAAAGAAUUGCAAAAACUUAAGUUGACCGCAAGUUCGCUAAACUUAUUUCAAAAUAAGUCAAAUUUUCAAAGAAAUAAUAAAACAUGAAAGUUGCUUUGAAAGAA